CUCCUCACCCACCAACCAUCAAAACCAUGCUGCGCAACGCUCUACCCACCCUUCGUGGGGUGAGCACCCGUAGCAUCACUCCAUCGGUGGUGGUGGCAGCAUCACGUUGCUCCCUCUUCUCUACCUCCUCUCAUCUUUCCCGUCCUUUCCCCACGAAGCCUUCCUCCUCCUCCUCGUCCUCCUCCUCCUCGGGCAUUCCCGACCAACCAGAGCACGACAGCACAUCCGCCCUAGACUAUAAGCUGCAACAUCGCCUGCGUAAGCUUCCCCCUUUGCCUAGCUUGGAGCCGCCAGAGAUGGACGCUAGUGAGGCGGUUAGUACUAUCCUUUAUAACACGCCCGCGCCAAGUAGGCAGCCGUUUAAGAGACACAUCCUCAACACCCUAGUCCAAAACGAACCGGGCGUCCUCUCCCGCGUAGCAGGCACCCUCGCCGCCAGAGGAUUCAACAUCGACUCUCUCGUCGUGUGCGCCACAGAGAUCCGCGACCUCUCUCGAAUGUGCAUCGUCCUUCGAGGACAAGACGAUGUAGUCGAACAGGCACGUCGACAACUCGAAGACCUGGUACCCGUCUGGGCCGUAUUGGACUAUACGCAGACGAAGGUGAUUGAAAGAGAGCUUAUGCUGGUUAAAGUCAGUAUUCUUGGGCCGGAAUACUUUGAGGAGAGUCAGUAUGGGUAUGGUGGGGCUGUUAGUGGUCCUACACCUUCACAGCAACAACACCAAGCGGGAAACGUCCCACCCGAGCUCCUCGCCGAACGAGAGUCCAACAGUCCCGCCGCUCGCCCGCACGUAGGAGCAGCAGCUGACGCUAUGGCCGGUACGUCUACCACAUCGGGGUUGAGCCCUACAGAGGCGUUGCGUGUCAAGUCGGACAAUAUGCGUACCGUCAUUGCCCUCGCUGAGCAGUUUAGGGGACACGUCGUUGACGUUUCCUCUAAUAGCGUCAUCGUCGAGGUGAGCGGGAAGAGUAGUAGGUGCGACGCUUUCCUCAAGCUUGUUAGGCCCUUUGGUGUGUUGGAGUGCGCGAGGAGUGGUACCAUGGUUCUUCCUCGCUCCCCAAUCACGAGCAGCUGGACGGGCAACGAUGAGCUUACAGAGGAGGAGGCGGCAGAGGUUGAUGCCAGUCUUCUUCCCCCUGGAUAAUCAGCGCGCGCGCGAGAGAGAGAGAGAGAGAGAGAGAGAGAGAGAGAGAGAGAGAGAGAGAGAGAGAGAGAGAGAGA